AUGGUUGAGUCCGUCAGUGCAAUCCGCUCGGACAAGCCCCGAUGCGAGGAUGCAAGGGACUCUUGCGCCAGUCACGCCGAUUCGAGACCUGACGGCGCGCACACUGCCUGGAGCCAGCCGUGCGACCUUCCGCCAAGCUUUCUAGACGCGUUGGGCCCCGCUCGCGUGCCGCUCGGCAGCGCGCAACUUCCUCGGCUUAGAGCACUGCAAUCUGAUCUCCCUGUGGGGGCGGCAGCGGAGUCGCCGCGGCGAGGCGAGCUAGAGUCCCCAAGCGACAACUUCGAACGCUGGGUCGCGGCGGGCGACACGCAGCGUGCACGGAGGCAGUCCAUGGUGGCGGCCCGCAGCCAUCCCAAUGCAGGCAGUGCGACGGCCACCGCGGGCCGCCGAAGCAUGCAGGUGCCGCGUAUGUCCAUGAGUGGGCGACGACAGUCCAUGGAUUACUCAGAACUCGACGCCGUGCGCGAAAGGCUUCAGCACGCUGCCAGCAUGUGGGCGCUUGAACUGGACGACAGCGCAGGCGACGAUCAAAGCGACGACGACGAUGAGCAGUGCGACGAAGAGGUCAUGGGCGACGCGUCCACACACUCGCCUUCCAUGGCUAAGACAACCUCGGCCACAGCAGCGCCGCAAGGUGCGGGCAGCAGUCACUCGAAUGGCAAGGGGGCGUCUCGGAAGCAGCGGCGACCAUCCAGUGGCGCCGGGAUGGGCGUGCAGGGCUUCCUAUCGCGGUGGAUGCAUAAGGGUGUUGCCUAG